AUGAUCAAAACGCGUGUCACAGCUUUCGUGCAACUCCCGGUUAGCGCUCAGUCGGGGCGUGCUGCCAGAGUGAACGCGCCGCGCAAGCACCGGCUGCAAUCUCGAAAGUUCGUGCUCCAUAGCGAGCUUCGUGUGGACCGUCGUGUUUUUCUGCGAAAUAGUCUUGCGGUGUUUCUCGGGAGCCUCACCGCUGCUUUCUCUGCUUCGCGCACCGACUGGGGCGCGCAACCUGCAAACGCAGAAGUACUACGUCACGCAGCGCCGGGCUACGAGCUGCACGGCGACUACCACGAAGACGCAACGCAGGUUGUGCAGUCGAUGCGAACAGUAACUAGGUUGGAGCGGGGGACUCCUGGAAUGAAAGAGAAAGUAGACGCAACUCGGAAGCAAAUGAACGAUUUUGUCGCGCUUUACAGGAGGAACCCAAACGUUGCAGGGGCCGUGUCUUUCUCAACGCUGUAUACUGCGAUAAAUACGCUGGCGGGUCAUUUUGCAAGCUAUGGCAGUACGUAUCCUGUGCCGGAGAAAAGGAAAAAGCGCUUGGAGCAACAGCUCAAUGACGUGGAGAGGGCCCUUAGUCGAGGUCGCUAG